AUGGCCGCAGCGAGCAGGGCGUCUCUGGUGCUGUUCCUGCUGGUGGCGAGCGCGGUGCUGAGCCUGCUGGCCCCCGGCGCGAGCGCGGCGACGUGCGCACCGACGCAGCUGACCCCGUGCGCGCCGGCGAUCGUGGGGAACGCGGCGCCCACCGCGGCGUGCUGCGCGAGGCUCAAGGCGCACCCGGCGAGCUGCUUCUGCCAGUACAAGAAGAACCCCAACAUGCAGCGCUACGUCAACUCCCCCAACGCCAAGAAGGUCUUCGCCGCCUGCAAGGUGCCCCUGCCCAAGUGCUGA